CUGCGGUCCCUCCCCUCUGUGGCCGUUCGCCUCCGUCCUCUGCAUCAAGCGUUUCAGUCUUUUCCCGAGCGUUACUGUUCUCCGUGUGACUGUUUUCUAGUUUUUUUGACCGCGCCUUAGUCUAGCCCGUUGGUUUUGUCUGCCUGUUCCUGAUUGCCUUCCUGUUUACCAAACAAUUCUUCUCAGUUUUUUGGAACCCCCUUUUUUUUUUGUCUGAGUCGUGUGUUUGAGUCCCUGGCUUGUGGUUUCAGUCGUGAUACCUAGAAUGUAGCAAGUAUAACUGAAAGAAAAAGCUUAUUAUAAGAGACUGUCAGACCAAGGAAUCUUGUGUCUCUCUGUUAAAUCUCUCUUUGGCAAAAAUGAGAAGCAUCAUAUGACUAGAAAAACAGUUCCUGCACGAUACAGGUCUCUAGACAACAAAAGGAAAUGUGAUUGAACCAGUUAGUCUUUAUCCUGCGGAGGGCAGUACUACGCCCAGUGGCGUCCACACUGCCAAAAACCACCGAAGAAGAAGAAGAAGCCGGAAGCACAAGAAGAUGAUAAUGAAACGCAACGCAAGUCUAACACGUCAUAUUUGCUGCUCUGCGUUCAGUUGUAUCAAAGAUGGUUGACAUAGGAAGGAGUCUCCGCCACGACUAGUAGCCUAACAGACGAUAACGUUUGUUUCUCAGCGCGGGAGCCCUACACAGGCGGCGUUUAUUUAUUUUUGUCUGAAAUGGAAGAUGUGGUGAUCACAGAUGUCAAUGAACGUGGCCAUCAGGUGGAGAAACCGCCCCUCAAAAACCAGGAUCUGAGUUCCCUGAACCUGUUUGGAGAGCUUCUGUCCCAGUAUGGGUGGUACCUGCUGGUUGUGACUGUGCUGGUCUACCUGCUCAUCCAGCACCUGAGCAGGAGGAGAUCCAGCCAGAGCUGCCACAAUUCACCCCAACAAACAGUGCAAGAUGCUGCGUUAGUGGCAAGAAGACAAGAGGCCAUGGAAGCGGCUCGGAGAAAGAUGCAAGAGCAGCUUGAUGCCAAAGCAGCCAUCUUCAAAGAGAAACAGAAAGAGCAAGAAGAAGAGAAGAGGAGGCAGAAAAUAGAGAUAUGGGAGAGUAUGCAACAGGGAAAGAGUUACAAAGGAACAGCAAAACUCUCUCAGACCACCGAAGAGGCCAGCUCAUCAACAACAGCGCUGAAACCAAAGACGGACAAGAAGCCACUUCGCAGUGCUGACUACAGUCCCCUGUCUGGACAGGGAGGAGGCUCCUGCUCCUGGAGACCUGGCAGGAGAGGACCAUCAUCUGGUGGAUGAGGUUAAAGAAGGUCAGAGAUUGGUCUGUAUGACCUUUGAUCUCUGACAUCCGGAUGUGCACACUGACUGACUGAACCAAGCUGACAAUGUCACCAAGCCCACUUUUUAUUAAGAUUUUUUUUAACUUGCUCCGUACUUCUAAUGUGUGUUGAUCAGUUAGCAUUAUUAAUAGCACAUACCUGCUAUCCGCUUUGAUUUUCUCUACUGUUACUUACGCUCUAAUCUCUCUAUGCUGCUGCAUUGUUAAGCUUCAAAGAUAAUAUGAUAAUCUUGAAUCAUGACUUUAAGGGGUAAAUGAAUUGUGGACUUGAAAGCUUUUAAUGAAGCCAUUCCUGUAAAUGGUACAUAACCACUAAGUUUGGCUGAUAAAUUUCACAGUCUGUGUGCUUUUUGAUAUAUUUUAAUAUGUCUAUCAAUAUGUACAACCAUAGCUUUAGAGCUUAUAUUACUACAGCAGCUGUAGCUGGUGGACAAUGGUUAAUAACAAGAAAUAGUACAUUCUCAUUAUAUAGUUGCAAACAUUUUGAUCUAUCUAAAUGUAAGGAGGGCAUGUCUAUAGUGUUGCAAGCAUUUUUAUGCAAUAAAAAUAUGUUCACCAGGAGUUUGAAUUUGUCUAGCUGGGAAUCUGCAAGCGCCUGAAGGUGGUGUGAAGGUGCAACAUGCUCGGUGGGGCUGUUGAAAACUCUUUGUAAGCAUUACUUAACCUUUAUAUAUCCAGGAAAUCUAAUUGAGACCAAGAUCUGUGAACAGAUAACAUCAAACACAUACACAAUAUCAAAACAAGGUGAGUCAGUCACAAAACUCACCAAGGCUGGAUUACCAACUGUGCAUUUGCAUCGGGGCUCCACAUGCCAAGGGGCCCAAAGGCCCCAUGUCCGUGAUGGUUUACAACUGCCCCGUGGAGUUGUCUUGAAAACAGGUUACGGUUUACAUUGUGCGUGUCCUUCAGGUCUGACAAACAUGUUGAAUGCAUUUCCUUUCUCAUAAAUUUUGCAAAGCUGAUUUUUCUUAAAAGUUAGAAAAUGUCUCUUUUUUUACAUUCAUGUUUACAAGUUAACAGUCUUCUUUUUCACUGCCUUUAUCGUCAAUGCUGCAUUGGGGGGGGGUUAC